AUGAAUCAAGACCUGUGUGAAUAUCACGAUGAUCCUUUUGGAAUUAUAGAUUGUUCCAAGAACGAGCAAGCAGAGUUUCUGAAGGGCUUACGUGACAGAAUAACUUGUAAUGAAAGGGAGAAGGUCCUUUUAUUUGAAACAGGAUUCACAAAAGACAGAAACUUUGACGGAAGUAUAGAAGAAAACUGCAUAAGCUUGGAAAUAUUGGCUUUACUAGCAACAUCUCAGAAUCGAAGUAUCAAGGAAGGGGUCAAGGAAUGCAUUCCUCAAAUAUUCGAGUUUAUCAGGUCACAGCCUCUACCCCCCACCAGUGCACAUGUUUCUAUCUUUAGGUCUUUUAGAAUAAUAAUAUCUAGGACGGACCAGGCCUUGUUCUAUAGCAAUUACCUGAACUUUUUCUUAACUGUAAUUGAGAUCGAACAUCAGUCUCUAUGCCUUAGUGCAAUUAAGAAUGAAGUAAUUGAGCUGUUUUAUCAGAUUCAGAAAACAGAUCCAAGAAUCAAGGAUAGGCUCAGAAGCAAGAAAAUCAUUAAGAUUCUGUGCAAUCAAGACCUUCACGGAAUAAAGCUCCUCAACGAAUUGAUUGAUGAGGAUGUGGGGAGGUAUAUUAAAAUGGAGCGCUUGUUUGGGAGGCUGAACAACUCGAAUGUAAGGAAUAAGCUCGAGGUGCUUUCAUGCUGUGUGAAGCUGUACAGGUCAAAACAUCUUGGAGACACAAGAAUAAUGGAAAGGAUAUUGUAUGAACUAGACGAACUUGUACAUUACAAAAGGGAGUUUUUAGUAUUGAUAGGAUUCAUGGUUCGAGAUGACGUCCAAGCACAGCUAUUUUGCAAGGAGAUAGGACUUGUGACCAAAAUUGUCGAUCGGUUUCAUGAAAUUCAACCAAGCAUGCUGGAGCCUGAGCUUCUGUUUUGUCUGCAUUCUUUAACAACAGAACUGGAAGAAAACAGAAAGACCGUUGCUAAAAGUAGCAUGCUUCCCAGUAUCUUUGGAGCAUUCAAGCAGAGGGUGAACAAGAAGCAGAUAGACCUUGUUUUUUUCAUGGCAGUGAUGUUGAUGAAAAGCAUGACCAAGAGCGUUACUUUCCUUAGAUCAGAUCUCUUAGAUUACCCUGUUGUAGAGCUGCUGAUAGCUGUUCUGGAUAAUAAAUUCCCAAACACCAUAGAUGGGAUUGAUAGAAUGAUGGAUGAAGAGAGCCUACAUUCCGGGUUCAUUGAGAAAAACAUUCUAAACGUGCUAGUGAACUUGGUUAUGGAGUAUGGCGAUUACAAAAGUAAGUUCAUAGCUUCUGGCGGUGUUGAAAAGAUUUUAAGUUACACACUUAGGUUUCCAUGUGUGGUUUUGCAGAUUUUCAAGAAUUUUCUUUACGACACCGGCUUCAAUUCGAGAGAAGUCUUUAUUAAGGCAACAGACAGAGGGUUUUUCAAUAGGUUCCUCGCUAUGUAUGAAGAAAACAAUGACAUGGAAAUACUGGAGGGUUGCUUCAACUUGAUGAGGAAUCUUCUAUGCGACGACACCCUCGACUACAUUGUGGAGAGCUAUGAAGGCAUGGUCGACUCGAUAUUUUUUUAUUUAGAUAAGUUUGCUAACGGAAUGGCUAUUUCAGAAAACACUAGAGAAGAAUGCGUUGUGCUACAGAUACUGUACACCAUAGUCAAUCUAAGCGCCAACUCGGAUAAGUUCAAAAGCCUGGUGCUGACCAAAAAGCAUCUGGAGAACAUGAAAAAGGUGAGUACAACAAGAAACCUUUCGAUUGCAUUUAUAUGGAUUAUAAUAAACCUGUCAUGGAGGGAGGAGGGAUCCGAAGAUAGAGUUCAAAUCCUAUGUGCUAAUGGCAUAAAGGAAUGGCUGACUCGGAUACAGGCCAGGGAUUCAGUCCUAGCAGAUAAGAUAGGAACUGCAUUGGAAAAUCUGAGGCUGGCAUGA